UCAUCGCGAGGCACAUUACAGAGACCGGUCCUCCAGAGAUGUGAGGGGAGUUUCAUACUUUAGGUUUUUUUUUUCUUUUGCUUUUCGGUCCAAAACAAAUAACACGAAGCGGAGAUUCCUGUCUGGAUUAUAUUUCAUCACACUGCAACAGACCCGGUCCACAAAUGAGCAACAGCAGAUGAACCCGAUGAGGUCCAAUCAGCUGAUGAAGGAGGAGUGACCACCUCGCCCUCACCGCUCCACCGAGAGAGGGUCCAGCGAGGCUCCAGCCCCGCCCUCGCCUCGUCACCAUUUCUCCUCCGAGCCGGUCCCCCCGCCGCGUUUCAAAACUGUUUCUCCAACGCGUCUUCCAGAAACUCGGACUGUUUUCCAGAGCAGACGCAGCACAGCCCUCCCCGACUGAGGUGAUGGGAAGCGUGCGAGCCAGCCGCUACAGCAUUGUGUCAUCAGAGGAGGACGGCAUGAAGCUCGCCACCAUGGCGGUGCCCAACGGCUACGGGAACGGCAAGGCCAAGGUGCAGACGAGGCGCCAGCCGCAGAGCCGCUUCGUCAAGAAGGACGGCCACUGCAACGUGCAGUUCGUCAACGUGAGCGAGAAGGGCCAGCGCUACCUCGCCGACAUCUUCACCACGUGCGUGGACGUCCGCUGGCGCUGGAUGUUCAUCAUCUUCUGCCUCGCCUUCCUCCUCUCGUGGCUCUUCUUCGGCUGCGUCUUCUGGCUCGUGGCCAUCUUCCACGGCGACCUGGAGAGCGACGGGCAGAAGUGCGUCUCCAACGUGGGCAGCUUCACCGCCGCCUUCCUCUUCUCCAUCGAGACGCAGACCACCAUCGGCUACGGCUACCGCUACGUGACGGACGAGUGCCCCGUCGCCGUCUUCAUGGUGGUCUUCCAGAGCAUCGUGGGCUGCAUCAUCGACGCCUUCAUCAUCGGCGCCGUCAUGGCCAAGAUGGCGAAGCCCAAGAAGCGGAACGAGACGCUGGUGUUCAGCCACAACGCCACGGUCGCCAUGCGCGACAGCAAGCUGUGCCUGAUGUGGCGCGUGGGCAACCUGAGGAAGAGCCACCUGGUGGAGGCGCACGUGCGGGCGCAGCUCCUGAAGUCGCGCACGACGGCGGAGGGCGAGUACAUCCCCCUCGACCAGAUGGACAUAGACGUCGGCUUCGACAGCGGCGUCGACCGCAUCUUCCUCGUCUCGCCGAUCACCAUCGUCCACGAGAUCAACGAGGACAGCCCCUUCUACGACGUGAGCCGGCAGGACCUGGAGAGUCUGGACUUUGAGAUCGUGGUCAUCCUGGAGGGCAUGGUGGAGGCGACCGCCAUGACCACGCAGUGCCGCAGCUCCUACGUGGCCGGCGAGAUCCUCUGGGGCCACCGCUUCGAGCCCGUGCUCUUCGAGGAGAAGAGCUACUACAAGGUGGACUACUCGCGCUUCCACAAGACGUACGAGGUGCCGAGCACGCCGCUGUGCAGCGCCCGGGACCUCGCCGAGAAGAAGUACAUCCUCUCCAACUCCAACUCCUUCUGCUACGAGAACGAGAUGGCGCUGGAGAGCAAGGAGGACGCCGACGAGGGGAACGGCGGCAGCGUGGGGCCCGACGGCACCCAGACGGACAACAUCUCGGAGAACGAGCACAGCCAGGCCACGGUGCCCCUCGAGCCGCGGCCCCUCAGGCGAGAAUCAGAAAUAUGACUCAUCAGGACCUCAGACCUCUUUGUGAGAGGGAUCGUCUAGAACCCGCCUCUCUGCUCCUGAAGGCGCCGCGAGCCGAGCCGGGGGCCUCGGGGGUAGAGGACGAGCGGUAAAUGGUACUGCUGCUGUGGGAAGCGGCGAAGGUUUUAGGACUUUGUAUGUAAAGGUCAGCUUGAACUUUGACCUCAUACAGUAUGACAAAACAUAAGCACUACGAUCAUGGACCAUGUGCAAACUGCAGGACGGAUUCUCCAUGAAGUCCCCGAGAAUGUGUGCUCUGGUGACUGCAACAUGACAGAGAGGAGGAGGGGGGGAGGGGGAGGAGGGGGGAGACGACUUGAAAAUUGCAGGCAUGUCUCAGUUUGUUUGUCCGGCAUGAACAAGACGCUCCGAGACAGGAGGAGCGUUUGAUACAAGAUGUUCUGAUGUGCUGCUAGAAAAUAGUCGAAUAAAAAAACAAUCUGUGUUUUUUUUUUUUUUGUAGAACCAAAGAGACAUUAAAGGUUAGAUGUCUGAGGGGGGGGAAGGGGGGGGUGGGGGGGGAGACGGUACAAGUAGAGUAUUUGUUCAGGAGCUGGUCUCACCGAAGACAUGGCAGAAUGUUUUUCUAUUCUGUACGCAUCUUCUCCCUUUUGACACUUUCCUCUCUGACUUGACAGCACUGAUUUCUGAUCUUUUUGCUUUUUUUUUUUUUUUUUGCAAUGCUGGGGUUUUCGGGGUUCAUCGCUGGUUAGACCGAUAGAAACAUGCCUGCUCGUGGUCAAGAGAGCGGGGGGUAGUAUUAAUGACAUCACACUGACGGAGAAUCUUUAAUUUAAACAAAGAGCGGGGGAUGUAUGAGAAUCUGAAUGUUUCUUAAAAGUGCUGCUAUGAUGUUGCUUUUGUUUUUUGUUUUUU